AUGAUGUUUGAAUCUCAAAGCAAGUUGAGAUGGAACGUGUCAUCGUCAGCUUCAUCUUACAGAGAAACAAUUGUACUUGGGAGAUACAGUAAGAGCUGUAGAGAGCAGAAGCAACAACGAAGAAGAAGAUCUAUGGAAGAGAGACUCUUGCCAAAAUGGAAGGUUUUGUUGAGGAAGAUGAAGUUGUUGCCUUCUCCUUCUUCUUCUACAAAGGUGGUGGCUUAUGAGCUUUACGAUUACUCUUUGAAUUUCGAUCAAGGGCCAGGAUGGCACGAUCAUGAUGAGCCAGAGAAUCUUGCUAGGUCUUUCUCUUCACGGUUCGCUGACCCCACACGGAUUCGAGCAACACGCUUGCUCUUGUAUUAA